UUGGAUUCUGAGGAACCUUCCCGCUUGGCUGACGGAGGGCCGGCUUGGAAAGAGGAGGCGGCUGCUUUAAGAGGGACCCCACAAAGCUGUAACUUGAAGCCUUUUGCCGUCCCUGUGCCUGUUAUAAACGCCAGGCUCCCCCUGCCCUGCGCACACCGCCCUGCGGGCCGGCUGGAGAGCGAGCGGCUGGUGAAGGUCCCACCAUGAAACCCCUGAUGGUCCUCCUGGGACUGGCUGCCUUGGUCGCCUUUUCCCACAGCCAAGAAGGAAGCCCUGCAAGCAGCCCCCAGGACCCUUCGAGGGAAGCUGGGCAGCAGCAGCAGCAGGAGGAGGAGGAGGAGGACCCCUUCUACAGGAGCCCCGUCAACAAACUGGCUGCCGCCGUCUCGAACUUUGGCUACGCCCUCUUCCGCCAGCAGUCCAGCCAGGCCCCCUCGGCCAACGUCCUGCUCUCCCCCUUCAGCGUCGCCACGGCCCUCUCCGGCCUCUCGCUGGGUGCGGCGGAGCGGGCCGAAGACGUGAUCUCGCGGGCCCUUUUCUACGACACGCUGGACAAGGCCAACCUACACAGCACCUACAGGGGGCUCCUGGGCAGCCUGGGCAGCCCCCGCAAGGGCCUCAAGAGCGCCUCCCGCCUGGUGAUGGAGAGAAAGCUGCGAAUGCGAAUGGCCUUCGUGAAGGAGCUGGAGAAAUCCUACGGCUUCCGGCCCCGGGUGCUCAGCGGAAACGCCCAGGUGGAUCUGCAGGAGAUCAACCAGUGGGCGCAGCAGCGGACGGGCGGGAAGGUCGUGCAGUUCCUGGGGGAGAUCCCGGCCGGGCUCAGCAUCCUCCUGCUGGGGGCCGCCUCCUUCAAAGGGCAGUGGGCCACCAGGUUUGACCCCAAGCUGACCAGGCCUCAGGACUUCCACCUGGAGGAAGGCCGGAGCACGAGGGUGCCCAUGAUGUCGGCCCCCAGAGCCAUCCUGAAGUACGGCUUCGACUCCGAACUCGGCUGCAAGAUCGGCCAGCUGCCCCUGGCCGGAGGAGUCAGCAUCAUGUUCUUCCUGCCGGAGACCCUCACCCGGAACUUCACCCUCAUCGAGGAGAGCCUGACCGCCGAGUUUGUCCACGACAUCGACAAGCAGCUCAAGACCGUCCAGGCCGCGCUGUCACUUGGCCUCCAGGCCAGGAGGCGGCAGAGGCAGCCGGGAAGUAACGUCCCUUCCUGGCCUGCAGGGCUCCAGGCGCUCUUCUCCACACCAAACCUGGGCAGGAUCUCCGCCAAGGCCCUCCGGCUGUCCCACGCGCAUCACAAGGUGGCCCUGGAGCUGGGGGAAGACGGGGCCAGCCCCGUGUUCCCUUCGGAGCCGGAGGCCGCUCGGCUGAACUUCCCCAUCGUCUACACCCUGGACAGGCCCUUCCUCUUCGUGGUCUAUGACGACGACACCGGCAGCCUCCUCUUCAUCGGGAAGGUCCUGGACCCCCAGCAGGCCUAGAGUGUCCCCCAGGGGCCCCCAGGCAAAGGGGCGG